AGUAUGAAAUGCAUAUCGGUUCAUUUCUCGAAACACCAUGAAUGGGACUAGUCGAAUUUUAAUAGCUCUAGUGGCAUGCAUUUUGGUUGCGACUGAAGAUGCUUCGGGAAGACUGUUGGACAACAACUGUGCGACAAUAGACCCAAACCCAAUAUAUGUGAAAAUCGAUGGUGGUAAAGAUGCCGACAUCUUUUCUAAUCCAUGGAUGGUUCGUGUAAUGGUAAAUUGCACAGCAAUUUGUGGCGGCUCUCUUAUCACAUCUCGAUUUGUACUCACGGCAGGGCAUUGCGUAUCUACCUCUCAUAUGCAAGUGCGCUUGGGCGAAUUUGACACGCGGUAUCCAUCAAAAGAACGGGCCUUUACUCUUGAUGUUGAUAAGAAAAUUGUACACAGGAAUUAUAGAAAAAACUCGCAUGAUAUAGGGCUGCUUCGAUUGAUUCAGACUGUCAUGUUCUCAGACUAUAUGAGACCGAUCUGCAUUCUGAUCGAUGAGCCAAUUGGGCCCUAUUCAAUAUUUAACGUCACCGGGUGGGGUAAAAACAGUAGAGGCGAAACCCCGGCUACGCUACAGAUUGCCACCCUUUCCCAAACGGAUCGUUACAAAUGCAUCCGAAAAUUCCAGUUGGAGGAUAACAUGGACUGGAUAUGUGCUGGCAGUGAAACGAGUGAUGCCUGUGAAGGCGACUCUGGAGGGCCGCUAAGCGCAUUGCGCAUUUAUCAAGGACAACGAAAGAUCUUUCAGUUCGGUGUGAUCAGUGGUGGCUUAGGUACUUGCAAUGGCUUGGGAUUUUACGCUAAUGUGGCAUACUUCAACAACUGGAUCGCUGGUGUUAUCCAGAAUUUUAAAGAUUUCAAAUAACAUGAUUCUACCCCAGCUGUACGAAUCUGUGUUGCCUAGCAAAUUCCAUAUUUCGUUGGUAUUUCAUGUUAUUAAGAGCUUUUGUGCAUUAAUUUGUUUCUUAAUAAUAAAAAUAUUUUUUGCCAAAUAGGGAAUAAAAUAGAA